CCGAACUGCUCAGCUCAGCCGCAAUUGCCAGUACGCUCGUCGGGCAUGACCGCUCGUCGCAGUCACCCGUGGGAGUGGCGCCCUCCAGCUCCGCUGACUCUGCGCCGCAUGUCUCAUAUAAAAGCCGUGUGAUGCUCCUGACCAACCGCCGACCCCUCCCCCGCCAUCCAUAAGCAAGCAUUGCUCCCGCGCCUACAGCUUCCUUCUCUCAACUCCACGACCCCCUUCAGCGUAUCCUACUAUCCUUUGGUUGCUAGCAUGAGUAGCUACGAUUAUUACGGCGGCGACGGCGCCCACAAUCAGCAGCCUCCGCCGCAGCAGGGCUACGGCUACAGCCCUCAGCAACCGUCGUACGGACAGCAGCCCCACGAUCAGUACUCGCAGGGCCACAGCCCGCAUCCUCCGCAGCAGGGCCAGUAUGCACCGCCGUCGCACUCGCCUUAUCCGCCCCCACAGCAGGGCUACGGCCCUCCACCGGGAGACUACAAUCAAGGCUACGACCCCAACCGCAGCCAUUCUCCCUACCCUCCGCAGGGAGAUCACAACCAAAGCUACGAUCCAAAUCGCGGCCACUCGCCCUACCCACCUCCAGCGCACCAGCAGUACGCUGGACCCCCGCAACAGGAAUACGGGGGCCAGCAACAGCAUCAAUAUGGCCAGUCCGGCGCUCCUGGCGCUCCCGGUGCUCCAGGCGGUCCCGCUGAGGGCGACCGCGGUCUCGGAUCCACCUUGAUCGGAAGUGCCGGCGGCGCGUUCAUGGGACACAAGCUCGGUGGUGGAGCGCUGGGCACGGUCGGCGGUCUCAUCGCUGGCGCCGUCGGUGCGAACAUGUUGUCAGACAAGCAUGACGAAAGAAAAAGAAGCAUAAGAAGCACGGCAGUAGCUCGCACCACGGCUCGUCCCACGGCUCGUCGUACGCUGGCUCUGCUGCCGGACUGGGAGGCCUCUACGCUGGGAGCCACAGCAGCCACGAAGCGGAAGUGAAGCUCGGAUAGCCUGUUUUUUGUACUGUCUGCGUUUUGGAUUGCUUGGUUAUGCUUGCUCUUAGUGGAGACACGACGUCUGCGAUUGCAGUUCUUGGUGCCCUAGAGGCUGCUCAAUAUCCAGCGUCAUCCCUAUAAUGAAGCCUUCAUGAGUACUGUUUCGUGCCAGCCAAUAAAUUCUGUGACUUCAUAAAAUACGG